UUAUAAACAAGGAACGGGACAAGGAGAGGGUAGAAACAAGGUGUUGAGACUGCAGACUCUUGUGAAGUCAUGGCCUCCAACCUCCCUCUCCUCCUGCUGGUCUUCUGUUACGUGGGUUUGGCCGAGUCGCAGCUGAAGCUGUUCGAUCUGCGAGCCAGUAAUCUUCCCUCUAACUUGUUGGGAACCACAGAUGGUUAUGUCAAGGUCUUCUGUGGCGCAACCACUCUGGGUACAACCUCAAUCCGACCUGACAAUGCCAACCCCUGGUGGAAGGAGGAGUUCUCCUAUUUCAAGGCCCAGGAGAAUGAAGUGCUGAGGCUCGAGGUUUAUGACAGUGACGUCGUCUUUGAUGACCUGCUGGGAGUCUGCCAGAGACAGCUCAAGAUGGGAACCCAUGAGCAUGACUGCUAUUUAGAUAAAGGCGGGACCCUCCAUUAUACCUACACCAUUGGCUAAGACCAUCAUUUGGCUCGUAAAAAGAUGUAGACCCUACAUACAAACUGCAUUACUCCCAGUCUGUCUAUUUUGGUUCCUUGUUAAGGAUUUUACCAGAAAAAAACUCAUACACCUAAUCAAUAAACUGUAAUCUGGUGCCUUUGUCACACUGCCUAUUGGCUCUUUUACCCCAAUUUCAAUAUUGUCAUUAAAAGAAUAAAACAAAUUUUUUUAAAAAUUGCUGCAACAA